UAUACCCAAAAAUAAGCAGUCACGGUUAAUUUUCAUGAAACGAACGAAGUUUCACAUUUCUCCCGAAGAUUUCCAGAAGAGGCCGAAAAUAUCUGAUCCCAUCAGCGCUGCAUGUUACUUUGGAUUCUUUAACGUCCGGGAUCCUCAGAUGCAAUAUCUAAUCGGAUGAAGAAUGGUCUUAGCCAAAGUGAAUUUAACUCUUGCAUCAAUGUUGAUUCUUUUCUGCGUCGUCAAAUCUAGUACUGGCGGAACAGGAAUGCAUGUAUCUGAGACAGAAUUCAAGAUGUUGCAGAAUGGAGAGCGAGCACAGAGGAAGCCUAGGGCAGAGCCUGAAUCAGGACCAGAAAGCGAACCCAAAGCAGAAGGAGAACCUAAAGUAGAAGGAGAGCCUGAAGUAGAAGGAGAACCUAAAGUAGAAGGAGAAUCCAAAGCAGAAGGAGAACCUAAAGUAGAAGGAGAGCCCGAAAGUGAAAAUCACCCAUACACGAAGCCUACCUCAGAAUAUCCACAGGGAGAAACUGAACCGUCGGCAACGCCAGAAAAUUGGCCAGAACCAGGCCCCCGGUGGGAACAGGCAUACGAGACAUGGAGAUGGGCCUGGGAGCUACAUGUCUACCUUUAUGCAACGAUAUUUCUUUUGAUUGGCUUGUACGCCGGGUAUUAUGUCAUAGCUAACGUGUAUGAUGGCCUGCAAGGUAAAUACCUGAGCGUGAGCCUCAAUAUCAUGGUGUCAGUGUUUGGGUUCACCAGGGCCUUUGUCAUGUUUUUGGACCCAUAUCAUCAAGGGGGCAUGAUUCACAACACUGCGGUGAUGCGCGUCAUUUGGUCUCUUGGAGGCCCUUGUCUCACAGCGUCCGACAGUUUGAUGAUUCUUUCCCUGAUAGAGACGGCAAAAAUCUCCGUUGCACCUCCUAAGCUCCAGAAAGCAAACAUAAACAUAAUUAUCAUAAGCUUUCAUUUUGCGCUCGUAAUAACUACAGACUGUGUGGUGUCUGACUACGUGGAAGCGAAAGCCAUGUUGUUAUUUUGUCAGUUGUUUUUUGUAACGUGGGGUUCCGUACUUGGGACUAUAAACUUUGUACUUGGAUAUAAACUGGAUCAACAGCUUUUCAGUCACAAAAACCCGAAAGAAACAGCGGACAAAAUAUACAUUUUUCUCAUUUACGCUUCCGGCCUUGCAAAUUACUUUUUAUGCGCAAUAAUUGUCUAUUCAGCGUUUGGAGUUUUUGGUGUGUACUCAGAUAUUCAAUUUGUAGAUGCGUGGCCUUGGUGGGCCUUGCAAACGAUGUCGCGUUUCAGCGAAAUACUCGCGUGUGUUUUGAUAUUCACAGUUAGUGCUAAACGGACCCGGGUCAAGAGGGCGGUCAGUCAGUUAACGGAUGAGAAAAGCUUAGACACAAUCAUUCCGGAAGAAAUCAGUUCUACGCAAUCAUUUUCGUGGACUUCUAGGUUCAGAAAUUGCUUCAAGCGUAAAAAGGUCGCCGCUGACAGAAACAAUGGAAGUGUAAUAAGCCUUUUCACCGCUCUCCGUGAAAUGGCCCUGGCUGCGACCGGUGAGAACUGGUACGGGACUAAACCGGGUCACCGGAUAAAAGGAAGCGGGGAAUGCUGGGUAGAAAAAAAAACAACUUCGUCUAUCAUUCACCUGCCUGGAAAAACAAAAAUGUAUCCGCAUGGAAAUACAUUUGACGACUUAGGGAGUGACGACGAGGAGGUGGAAAAGGAAUACCUGCAACUUGAGUUUAGGAGCAUACAAGAAAGAAGAUCAAGCAUGUUUACAGCUCUUCACGAUGCUAAAAAAAAGCGCAAAACGGCCUUUUCACCCGGGAAAACGACUCGACUUAAGCCUUUAUUCCAAACUGAUAAUGUUGGAGAAGCUAUGAUCAAGAAGAUUGACUCGAAUAAACAAAACUCUGAUGAAACUUGGGAUACAUUGUCUGAAAUUAAACUUCCAAAUAUGGCAGAUAUGGCAGAUAUGGCAGAAAAUUGCUGAACAGUAAUGUACUGAGGUCAUGAAACUGUGACUCGGAAACUAACCACAAUACCUCUCGGAGUUCUCGCUGCACUUUUACACUUUUUUCCGACAACCUUUCUCGAAACGGCUGUAUAUAAAACAUCCACAUACUCAGUUUUCAGGAUUAAAAUUGAAUUCUGGGAAGCCGUUUUCAAUAUUAAGGGAGAAUUAUGCCCCAGCAACCAUAUGACUUUUAUCUCUGCCAUUGAAAAUCAUAUGUUAAAGAGUACAUCUUACUGCGUUUGAGAUUUCGAUGAGUAACCUAACCAUACUACUGUUCAAAGAUUGUUAUCCAAUGUGCUAAAAUUUAGACAAUGAUCGAUGCCAUUUUGAACACAACUCAGCCAGUAGGCCUGCUGCACACCCAUGGCCGUUGCAUGCGUAGGAAAAUUAUUAUUUGAGUCAAAAUAUGCCUUUGAGUAUAGUUCCUGAUCUUUUGAAAAAGAUCGUCAAGGGAUAUGGAGAGAGGGGUGAGACAUGAUCACGUUACUGAGCAAGAUUAAACAUGGCGGCCUCCAAAGUGACUUUAAUUUCAGCCACAUUAGAACACGAAGACAAUUUACACUCAUCAGAAAUCGGCUGGUUUCAUAAGUUUGCUCAGACAUUUUGAUUUUGGAGAUAAAAAUUGCAUGGUCUCUAGAUAAUACCAAUCCCUUCGUCCAACAUCUGCAUCUGUAAUUCAAGGCGGUGUGUUUUGAAAGG